AUGAUUUCGACAACCUCUGAUGCUGGGCAGCACACGUUGCUGCAGAGCUUCACUCCCCCUGCUUCUCAAGCAGUCGCUGUAUCCCUGAGUGACAAAGAGGCAGUCUUGUCGGCUGAUGGAAAAUCCAAGGGCGAUGCUAUUUGGAUCUCUUCGGAUGAUGAUUCUGAUACGGAAGAUGAAGGUGACGAUGAGGGUCAAGAUCUCGACGACUCGCAAUCAUGCACAACACCUACUACCAGCAUCGCAGACCAUUUAGAUAGCACAAGUACCAAACACAGUCCAACUGAGUCGGAGGCCGCCAUCGGUAUGGACACUACGCCAGCAGUAUCUCUAGCUCUAGGAGAGGACGACCCAGAUUGGACACACAACUCACAUAUGGGCCCCCUUGCUAAUCCUGAACCGAAUCAACAAUCUCCUUAUCAGACGAAUCGCACGUCCGCUGGAGAUGCGACAGCAUGUACAAAUACCGGUUUUGACAUCUCGUCUACUAGCCCUGGGAGUCAGCCACAUCGGCGCGUGUCAAAAGAACUACAGCUUGUCAUUGGAGCCACCAGCGAGCCAGACAUCGUGAUGGUCGAUGCUCUCUUUGACGAACGUUCCUGUGAUGGUGCACAGAGUACUCCUACGUCCCCUUUGAUGCACACAUACAGUCAUAUUGCUACAGACCUUGGAGAUCUGGCUCACACGCCGUUGCACGAUAGCGAAGAGGGUGUGAGCACAUCGCGCGAUGAUGCCAUUUCUAGAGCCCACACUCCAUCCCCCGCGAAAAGCUUGUCACCCGAAUCACAACGCGAGCAAGGUUACGACCACACCAGCUGCGAAUCCAGCGAUGCUGUGUCCGAGUCCUCAGAUGCUGAACCCAGAUCGCCAUUUGGAGCCCGACCCCUAUCUCAGGAGUUGCUGCCCCGGCGCCGUUCUCGUCGCAGGUCCUCACAUGCACAUGAAACGGUGCAAGAUAAGGACAAAGACGUAGAUAUUGAAGGCUCUGGCAGUGAGGAUGACCUCGAUAUUCCAGAAUGUGUGCGUGACGAGGACUAUUGCCCUUCACCAAAUCAGGGACAUGGUUCUGGAGACGACUCCGAUGAUGAACAGCAUUGUCACAAACGUCGCAAGGCAUCUGGAUCUCCUUACAGCUCGGUUCGCGGAACCCCCACCAGUGCCCGGGAUUCUCGCCGAAGGAAGCGAUCCACAAGAGCUGUCGCACACUCAUUGAGGGAGCCUGACACGUCGGCACUUGGCUUGUUCAGUCGAGCAUUAUCGCAUGCAAGAUCUGUUCCCUCUGAUGCCAGUGCGUUUCUUGCUCAGUUUCAGGAAUGGCAGCUCGAGAAUGUUUCAAUGAAACGUAUUACUGAAGAUGGCAAGACUACGUUUCAAUUCCAGUUUGAGUGGCCCCUUUGCGCAAAUCAUCCGCAAGCCGUCAGUGCGAGUCCAGAUUUAACCCGCUCAAUCGCAGCGAGAAAAAAGACCAAGCGAGCUCCCGUCAGAGGGGCAAAGUAUUCAAACGAUGAAGAUAACUUCCUUAUACAACUGAAGGAAGAGGAGCAGCUUGGGUGGAUGGAGAUUCGUCGGCGUUUUGCUCAACGUUUUCCCGAACGAGGCGGCUCGGGCCUGCAAGUGCACUACUGUACGAAGCUCAAGGAUCGUGGGAGACCUUGA